AUGGCGGGGCGGGCGGCAGACUGGGACCAGCUGCUGCUCCAGAGCCAAGACCUGGUCCGCUCGGAGCAGGCCUUCCCGCGCGUGCAGCGCGACAUCCUGCAGGUGGAGCAGUACUCGCAGAAGCUGCGCGGCCGCGCGGCGCGCGCCGACGCAACCGCCGAGAGCCUGGAGGCCAGCCGCCUCCUGGCGCACGAAGGCCUCAACCCGCGCAAGCUGACGCAGGCGCUGCAGAGCUUCGAGCUGCGGCCCACGCAAUCAGCGUGA